UUCUAGGAGUGAUGUACUGGUGGUUUACUGGUGGCCGGAAUGUAAUCGGCCAUCGCCGACUGCCGCCCGGUCCUCGAGGACUACCAAUCAUCGGAAGCCUCCACAUGUUAGGCAAGCUCCCACACCAUAGCCUCCGUAAAUUAGCCAAUAAAUAUGGACCCAUCAUGUUCAUUCGACUUGGCCAAGUCCCAGCCAUGGUAGUCUCUUCCCCUAAAGCAGCUGAAUUGGUUCUCAAGACCUAUGAUUCCAUCUUUGCUAGUAGACCCAACACCAUGGCAUCCAAGCAUUUGUCUUAUGGUGGCAAAGGUAUAGCCUUCACCCAAUAUGGCCCUUACUGGACUAAAAUGCGUAGGCUAUGCACAACUGAGUUCUUUGGCCACUCAAAGAUUGGAUUGUUCAAGUUAAUGAGGGAAGAAGAGCUUGGCCGCCUUGUUGAAAUACUCAAGAAAGAUGCCGAAGCCGGUACCAUGGUGGAUUUCACUGCUAAGGUUGGAUCACUCAUCGAGCAAAUGACUUACCUCAUGGUAUUGGGCGAAAGGGAUGAUAACUUCAAUAUCAAACCAGUUAUUAAGGAAGCUCUAAGGCUUUCUGGUGCCUUCAACUUGGAUGAUUAUAUUCCUGGCUCACUUGAUAUUCAGGGAUUGACUCGUCAUAUGAAAGCUGUGAACAAAGUUGCUGAUGAGUUCCUAGAGAAGCUCAUUGACAAUCACCUUCAACCAACUAAAGACCACAAGGAUCAUCACAAGGGCUUCAUAGAUACAAUGUUGUCUUUGAUGUUAAAAUCUGAUGGGAGAAUAAAGGAUCAGCAGCAAUACAUGAUGGAUCGAACAAAUAUCAAAGCAAUCAUGGUUGAUAUGCUUGUUGGUUCAAUGGAUUCAACAACAACCACAAUUGAAUGGACAUUUUCAGAACUCUUGAAACAUCCAAGAGUUAUGAAAAAGCUUCAAGAAGAGCUGAAGAAUGUUGUUGGUAUGGAUAAGUUUGUGAAAGAAGAGUAUUUAUUAAACCUAGAAUACUUGAAUAUGGUGAUAAGGGAAAGUAUGAGGCUUCAUCCUCCUGGACCAUUGCUUGUUCCUCGUGAAUCAAUGGAGGAUGUAACAAUUGAUGAUUACUACAUACCUAAGAAGUCUUGUGUUAUUAUAAAUGCUUGGGCAAUAGGUCGAGACCCUAAUGUAUGGUCCGAUAACGCCGAAGAAUUUCUCCCAGAGAGAUUUAUAGGCAACGGUGUCGACAUUCAAGGACAUGAUUUCCAACUUAUCCCAUUUGGAUCAGGUCGUAGAGUUUGCCCUGGUUUGCAAUUGGGAUUAACUCUGGUUCGACUAGUUCUUGCACAAUUGGUUCAUUGCUUCGAUUGGACGCUUCCGAAUGGAAUGUUACCUAGUGAUUUAGACAUGAAUGAGAUGUAUGGCCUAACAGUGUCAAGGGCGAAGCCUCUCCUCGCUGUUCCAACUUAUCGUCUUCAUGUCUCUAAGUUAUGAGAGGAGAGUCUAUGUAUAAGCACUAGUAGUAGCAAAUCUAUGAACCAUGUUGACUACAUCUCUAUGAGGAAAGGCUAUAGCAAGAGAUCUGCAUUGCUGAAACAUAAAUCAAGCCUCCAAUUCAAUAAGGUAUCCUUG